GAUGGAAGCAAGAGAUUUAAUCGCACUGGUCAGUAUAGGGGUGGACCAUGUAUGAAAAUGUUCCAACAGUGUCUACAGCUGAGCGACAGCAAGCUUUGCAAGCUUUGGAAAGGCUUCAGGCAAAGUUACUCCAACGUGAAGAGUGGACCCAUGCCGACCGACUUGGGGCACUUAGGGAGGCCCUCCAGAACCCUCUGUUUAAUCACAUACUCACCCUGCAGCACUCAGUCAAACAACUCAGAGAUCAGUUGAAUUGCAUGCCCCCAGAUACGUGCAGUGAAUUCAGCUUCUCAAGGAAGGGCCAGUUGAUUUUCAGCGCCAGUCGUCCGUCGAGUAGUCUCGGUCAGGGCUCUGUCGUGUCAAAUGGCACCGGGGUGACGUCUGUGUCAUCUGAGCAGCUUCAGAGAUGGAUACAUGCAGCAGCAAAGGGAAGGAGGACGGAGCACAUCAGGCUGCCUAAGCCUUUAUCUGGAGGCCUGGGAUUCAGUGUAGUGGGCCUGAGGCCUGAGGGAGUGGGCAGCCACGGGGUCUUCAUCAGACAGGUGCAGCCUGGGAGUAUCGCAGCCAGAGAUGGCAGGUUGCAGGAGAACGAUCAGAUCUUGGCCAUCAACGGGAUUCCGCUGGACCAGAGUGUCACUCAGCAGCAGGCCAUCACUCUGCUGCAACAGUCCAGAGACUGGGUGGAGUUAGUGGUGGCGAAGGACACUGCAUCCAAACAGAGCUCGCAUGCGCCUGGGCCUAUUCAGACGGACCAGUGGGGUCACGUGGAGGAGAUCGAACUGGUGAACGACGGCUCCGGCCUGGGCUUCGGCAUUGUGGGAGGCAAAGCCACAGGUGUGGUGGUGAGGACCCUGGUGGAAAACAGCGUGGCAGACAAGGACGGACGACUGCAGACAGGCGAUCACAUCCUGCGGAUCGGUGAGACCCCUACGCUGGGGUUGAGCACUGACCAGGUGGUGCAGGUCCUGCAGGCCUGCGGGAGCCGGGUGCGUAUGCUCAUCGCCCGGGAUCCCGUGGGCAAACUCCAGCCGGCACCCCCACCCCCUCCUGCACCCGCCGCUGCGCCCGUCACCUCCCUGCCGCCCGUGCCUCCUCGCAGAAUGAACAAGACGCCCAACCUAGAGGGCUAUGAGAUCCAUGAAGUGCCACUGACGAAGAGGGAGGGCCAGAGCCUUGGAAUCUCCAUUAUUGGGUACAAUGCCUUAACCAGUGAAGAUGCUGUGGGGGUUUUUGUGAAGAACGUAGUUCCGGGGAGCGCAGCUGACCAGAGCGGGAACAUCCGAGUCCAUGACAGGAUCAUCGCGCUGGAUGGAGUGAACCUCCAGGGAUUCACCAACCAGGAGGUGCUGGAGGUGAUGAAGCAGACAGGCCAGACGGUCAACCUCACCAUCGUCAGGAAGAUCGCUACUCCCAUGAAGGGGGCCACCGAGAGGUCCCUUGAUAAAGUCCACAGAGAGUCAUCGCGUAUAUCUCUGAGGAGGUCGGCAGAGAUUAAGGCACGGUCAGACGUGCAGAAGGCCCCGCUGAUGGAACCUGUGGAGUCUGCCAUGGGUGGGAUUAAACAGCAGCUGCAUGGGAAAGUCCAAGACCCGGUACCUCUGACUGAGAUGGAGCUACGCGCUAAGUGGGAGCAGGCUCUUGGCCCACAUUAUGAAGUUAUGGUUGUGGAACUGGACCCUGUCAUUGAAGAUGAUGAGGAGCUUCAGAACUGCUCAAAGCUUCUCCCAAUUCAUACCAUGCGUCUGGGAGUGGAACUGGACUCCUUUGAUGGACACCAUUACAUCUCUACCGUGGCCCCGGGGGGACCUGUGGCUAAGCACGGCUUACUUAGACCAGAAGAUGAAUUGCUUGAGGUGAAUGGGGUUCAGCUGUAUGGCAAGUCCAGACGGGAGGCCGUGGCGUUUCUGAGGGAGGUUCCUCCACCUUUCACCCUUGUAUGCUGCAGGCACCUAACAGAGGAGGGCAGUGAUUUUCAACCUGACACAGAGGAGUGGCAGUCUCCCAGUCCAACAACCAGCUUACACGAACAGAUUGAAAAUAACCUCUCCAUGCUGGCUAGAGAUACUUCUCUGAGGGCCAGUAUGAAUGACCUGCAUCAGUCCUACCAGCCACAGAUAAUCCCACCAGAAGUUUCUGAGGAGGGACAGCAUCCAGAGCAGAGACAUGUAGAGAAAGAGGAGGAGGAGGAAGAGGAAGAAGACGAAGAAGACAAUGAGGAUGAUGACGAGGAGGGUGAGCUGGCUGUCUGGGCUCCGGAGGUCCAGGUGGUCGAGUUGGAGAAGGGAGAACGAGGUUUGGGCUUCAGCAUCCUGGAUUAUCAGGACCCUGUGGAUGUUACACGCUCAGUCAUUGUAAUCCGUUCUCUGGUGCCUGGUGGGGUAGCGGAGGGUCACGGUGGGAUCCUUCCAGGGGACCAGCUGGUUUUUGUCAACGACACCCACCUGGACACAUGUACUCUUAACCAAGCAGUGGAAGUGCUCAAAUCCACACCACCUGGAAAGGUCUACCUAGGCAUCAGGAAACCACUGGUGGCGGGAGAAAAUGACACUGGAGAACUUGGCUCUCAGUCUGGGGAAGUUCAUGAGGAGCAGGCAGCAGUGCGAGACUCUCCCAUCCAGACCCAGCUGCCCGAACCCAAGGGCUUUGGAGACGUCUCUGCUCUCCCCGAGCUUAUGGAUGAUGAGCCUGAGCUCAUUCUGGACGCUCACCCCCGUUACUCCUCUCCUCUCACCACCACGGAGCCACAGCCCAGGCAGGAGAGAGAGAUGGCUGUGGACGAAGACUUGGAGGAAGACGAGGAAGAGGAGGAGCGGAGGAGUCACCAGAGCUCCAGAAGCGAUGAGGAGAGCCUGCCGUCGUACCACGGGCACGCUCCUCUCUCCUGGGAAGAACCGACAAAGAUCAGCACCUACUUGACAUCUGUCCAGCCCACGCUGCUGGUCCAGGAGAAAGAGGAGGAAGAGGGCGAUGAAGGCAGAAACACGGAGGAGAAUCCAGGAGGGCUGGUGUCAGAGCCCUCAUUCAGCCUGUCAGAGAGAGCGUGGAGAGAGACGGCAGACAGCGAGGCAGAGUCUGUCUCCAGGAACGACGGAUCAGAGCUCACGCUAACAGAUACUGACACUGAGUCUGUACAUCGAUCUGCGUCAGAGAGGAAAAAGAGGAGGAGCCUUGGGACUGCCACACUGCCAAUCAGAGGAGGGUCUAGUGAGCUGCCGGAGAGAGAGGAGGGUGAGGGAGAGGAGACACCUGUGUUUAGUCACUGGGGUCCACCACGCAGAGUGGAAGUGUGGCAUGAACCCAGUGAGUCUCUGGGCAUCAGCAUAGUGGGUGGGCGCACUGUUAUUAAGCGGCUGAAAAACGGAGAGGAGCUCAAAGGCAUCUUCAUCAAACAGGUGCUGCCAGACAGCCCUGCAGGCCGGACCAACGCCCUCAAAACAGGAGACAAGAUCCUACAGGUGUCAGGAGUGGACUUACAAAAUGCUAGCCAUGAGGAGGCAGUGCAGGCCAUUAAAGCCUCUUCCAGUCCCGUGGUCUUCAUCGUCCAGAGUCUGUCUGCUACACCGCGGCCCACCUCCGUAAUGGCGCCUAGCGUAAAGCAGCACAAAGCCAAGAGGAAAGCUACACCCAAGGUGAACCAGGGGAGUAUACCUCCACCCAUGCGCCUCCCUCCCCCCUACAGACCUCCUAGCACGCUGCAAGAUGAGGAGGUGCAAGAAGGGCAAGACCCAGAGGAGGAGCUGGCACAGGCCAGAGAGCGGAUCAGGCAGAGGUAUGGGGAGCUGCCGGGCGAGCUGUUACUGGUGGAACUGGAAAAGGAUCGGAAUGGUUUGGGUUUGAGUCUGGCUGGGAACAGAGACCGCUCCUGCAUGAGUAUCUUUGUAGUUGGCAUCACCACUGGGGGCCCAGCCAGUCGCGACGGACGCAUCCGUGUGGGGGAUGAGCUCCUGGAGAUCAAUAACCAGGUGCUUUACGGGAGGAGUCACCAGAACGCGUCGGCCAUAAUAAAGAGCGCCCCAACCAAGGUCAAGAUUCUGCUCAUCAGAAAUGAAGAUGCUAUCAAUAAAAUGGCUGUCCCUCCUUUCCCCUCUCAGUCAACCCCUUUCUUAUCCAAUGAGACUCAUCAAAGUGCUCCAGCCGUCCACACGCCCACAGACAAGCCUCUUCCUCCAGACAGCCUCUGUCUCAGCAAGAGCCAACCCGAAGAACCCCUGACUAAAGAGCUGGCCAGUGUGACGUCCAGUGUUAGCACAGACCCCAGAGAAAUAGCACAGAAGGGUCUCAGAGAUGGAGAGUCCGCCUCGAAGAAGCUGAAGUCCUCGGAGAAAGCAGAGAAAGUUCUGGAAGCCGCGAGUGAGCAGCCCUCCAGACCUGUGCCUGAGCAGACUGCCAGCUUCCCUAAAUCCUUGAGGAACUCAGGCAGGCUUCCGGCAAGUUCUCAGGACAGAGCUGUCUCUCCACCUGCUCCAGCGGCACCCUCUUGCACCAGCCCAGACUUUGAGUACUGCAGUAAAGACCCUGCCACAUGCCCCAUCGUGCCUGGCCAGGAGACCGUUAUUGAGAUCUCUAAGGGACGAUCAGGACUGGGUCUGAGUAUAGUUGGAGGCAAAGACACGCAGCUGGAUGCUAUAGUGAUCCAUGAGGUGUAUGAGGAGGGGGCGGCAGCGCGAGACGGCAGGCUGUGGGCCGGAGAUCAGAUCCUAGAGGUGAAUGGAGUGGACCUGCGGAGUGUGGCUCAUGAGGACGCCAUCGCGGCUCUGAGACAGACCCCGGCCAAGGUCCGUCUGACCGUCCUGCGGGACGAGGCACAGUACCGGGACGAGGAGAACCUGGACGUCUUCCGUGUGGAGCUGCAGAAGAAAGCCGGCCGGGGGCUGGGCCUCAGUAUAGUCGGCAAGAGGAAUGGUACAGGUGUGUUUAUCUCAGACGUGGUGAAGGGCGGGGCGGCAGAUCUGGAUGGAAGGUUAAUGCAGGGAGAUCAGAUCCUGUCUGUGGAUGGAGAAGACAUGAGGCAGGCCUCCCAGGAGACCGUCGCUGCCAUCCUCAAGUGCGCCAGGGGAAUGGUACAGCUGGAGCUGGGCCGUCUGAAGGCUGCCACCUGGAUCUCCUCUAGACGCACCUCCCAGGGAAGUCAGAUGAGCCACGUGAGUGCCAACAGCACUAGUGCCACGCCCACUCCCCCCGUCACCGCCCCCAUGCCGUCCCAGGCCCUCAACAACCCCAGCGUCAGGAGACCCACUGCUACCACCACUACUGUCAGCACGACUGCCACCGCCAGCAAAAGCACAGGAGCUGAUCCAGGCCUACGGACAGUAGAAAUCAACCGAGGUCCUACUGAUGCUCUGGGGAUCAGUAUAGCAGGGGGUAAGGGCAGCCCUCUGGGGGACAUUCCCAUCUUCAUCGCCAUGAUCCAGGCCAACGGAGUGGCUGCCAGGACCCACAGACUCAAGGUUGGGGACCGUAUCGUGAGCAUUAACGGUCAGUCUGUGGACGGCUUGUCUCACGGUGACGUGGUGAACAUGCUGAAGAACGCUUUUGGCAGUAUUGUUUUACAGGUGAUUGCAGAUACUAAUAUCAGUGCCAUAGCCAGUCAGGUGGAGAGCAUGUCGACCAGUUCCAGUGUCAACAGUAACACAGAGAGCCAGGCCGGAGAGCCAGAAGGUCCAAAGCCAAAGAGUAUCACGCUGGAGAAGGGUUCUGAGGGACUGGGCUUCAGCAUCGUGGGAGGUUUCGGAAGCCCCCACGGCGACCUUCCCAUUUACGUCAAGACCGUCUUCAGCAAGGGGGCAGCAGCUGUGGAUGGGCGUCUGAAACGUGGAGAUCAGAUCCUGUCUGUGAACGGGGAGAGUUUGGAAGGAGCCACACAUGAACAGGCAGUGGCCAUACUGAAGAAGCAGAGAGGAGCUGUCACUCUGUCUGUACUCUCCUAACACCAGGGUUCCCUUACAGACGCAGCACCCAGCAGACUGGAGAAAAAAAAACAAACAAACCCACAUUCCGUUUUUUUCAUCACUCUCUCUCCACCCCAGAACAAUACUGUGCUCAAAAUAUCUUCAGAUCCAAACUCCGUCUGAGAUGUUUUGGUAGAGCACUGAAUGAUGACCCUGCAUAGUUCAACCCAGUUUAAGUCUCCUCUUCAGACCCUGGAGCAGAGUGAAUACUCGAGAAAUGACUGAAUGAGAAAAUUCCAGGAAAAAAAAAAAAAACCCUGCUGAGACUUGGCACUUUAUUUUUGAGUUUCCUUUGAGCUCAACCCCUUUAACAUACGUGCCAGUCAUCCAGUGGAUCUGUGGCAGAAACAAAGGGAAUCUAUUGACAGACCCGUCUGUAUCCAUAGCAUUGUACUGUGUCUGACAUUCGGUCUAGGGGCUCGUGUUCGGUGGUCUGGGAGGACUGUGCUGUGUUUGACAUUCGGAGUAGGGGCGUGUAUUCGGCGGUCUGGGAGGCCUGCUGUAGGGUUGGAAAGUGACUGUGGUCAGACUGUGAUGGCCGUCUGAAGGGAGAUGUUUGAAACGGUGUUGGUGCAGAAAUGAACUGACAACAUAACAACGUUAAGGCUCCUUCAAACACUCGUCCACAGGGCCUCUGGAGGAAGAGACUUUUUGUUUUUGUUUUUAAGUUUGUUUUGUUCUCUGUCCCCACUGUCUUAAUGAUGUGUAAGAACAAAAUGAGUCUCUAUGUGCCAUCUUUCCAAAGCAGAUCCAUGCACACGCACAUGCACACGCUCACGCACACGCACACGC